UGUUCAAAAGCAAAAUGGCGGCUGUUGGGGAUGGCAAGGUAACGGUGUGUUUUGACGUUGUGGCUGUGUUACCGGCGGGUGGAUCAGGAGUGAGAAUGAACUUGAGACUACCUAAACAGUUUUGUCAAGUAAAAGAAAGGCCACUGAUCAGUUACACCUUGGCAGCAUUUGAAAGUGUAUCAUGGAUCAAGGAGGUUGUUGUACCCAUCAAUGUAAACUAUAUGGAGGAAGCACAGAAGAUUUUGAAGGACUUUCGUCAUGGUAAAGUCAGAUUAGUUUAUGGAGGGUCCACAAGACACAGAUCAUUAUGGAAUGGUAUUCAAGCACUCACUGCAGAUGGGAGAACUCCUCCAACAGUAGUAAUUCUUCAUGAUGCUGUGCGGCCAUUUGUUGAUGAACAAACAUUGAGGAGUGUGACAAUGGCUGCUAAAAAUAAUGGGGCAGCUGGGAUGAUCAGACCACUUUCAUCCACAGUUGUUGCUCAGUCAUGUGACGGGUUCCUAGAUCAUUCACUUGACAGGUCAAAGUUCAGGGCAAGUGAAAUGCCACAAGCUUUCAAGUAUGAAGUCAUUCAGAAAGCCUACAUGAAGUGCACAGAAUAUGACUUUGAUUGUGGCACAGAGUGUUUACACCUGGCUCAAAAGUAUGCUGAUACAAAUGCUGUGUUGAUUGAUGGACCUGAAUUUCUUUGGAAGGUUACCUACAGAAAGGAUUUGUAUUCUGCCGAAGGGGUCUUGAAAGAAAAGCAACAGCAAGUGCUGUUGGUGAUAAAUGGAACAGACUUCCCAGAGUUCACGGGAAAGCUGCAUGAACAUAUACAGGAGAGAGAUGAAAUGGUCACGUAUCUUCCUGACAUAUCUGGAGACGGACAACUAUCACGAGAUAUGGCGCAGUGUUUGGCAUCCCAGAUCAACUUGAAGCUGGUGGCUCCCGGUUGCUGUGUUUCUGUUGUUUAUGUAACGCAGGACACACACGCAGAUGAACAAGUAGUUUGCAAGGGCCAUAACACAGUAGGUAUUCGGUUGUUUCUCAGAUCAUUCUGUGAGACGCUCGACUCCUGUUUGUUAAAAAGUGUGAGACUCGUUAAUGUUGGAUUUCGUCAUAGCAUUAAGGAUUUCGAUGCAUUUAAGACAGCUGUGAAAGAUCUCCAGUCCUGUUUACAGGAACAAGGCGUAAAUUGCUUCGGUGUGUUUGUCCUCUCCAACAGUACAAACAAACCAGAGGAUAAAGACGCUGUCACUAAGAGAUUUGUGAGAGCCGCUGAGUUAACAGUUGGCGCAUUAUUAGAUGCACCGUCAGUAUUUAGUGGACAGGCCUUCGACGCGAACACGUGACUCCCCUGUGUAGAGUAAUGACGCAGCGCCUGCUCUCGUUCAAAACAAUGAUGGAUAGAGACACAAUUCAGAGCCGUUGAGUUCAAGAGUUCAAAAGAUCGUAGCGGUUAACACGUUGGAGUUACGAAGCCUUGAAUGUCCUGAGGAACAAAAAAAGUCAGCUGUACACCUGACUCGUGGUAAUGCUCAGAGGGCAAGAGGUCUGAGUCACGACAUGAGACACCACAUCCACUCAGAGAUCGCCUCAAAAAACUAUUGAAUUGUGACUGGGACUACAUAACUGAUACUAUGACUAUAUGCUAUGACUCGAUGCUUUUAGUGGGAGAAAAGAAGAUGAAAGCUUUUCGUUUAGUAAUCAUAAGAUACAUUGACUAACUUAUAGUUGCCUUCGUUGUCUGCGAAUCAAAACUUUCCCACCGAGCUGUAGGUGGUCUGAGGUCGAGUUUGGUUUGCUGUGUACUAAAUGUUCACAUGUACCAUAAUGCUGUUGGACAGUUUUAUCCGCGAUCAACUUAAAAAAAAGGGCAGAUAGAGCUAUUUUAAAUGUAACAUUAAAAUGUUACGUGCUAUAAUGUUCAGAGAGAGGAAACAGAGCUGUAACCUCAGUGACACGUUUGAAAAUAAGUGGCUUGUAACCGGUAUAAAGCAACACACUGUUCAUUGCGAAACCUUAAGAGAUACUGCAAAGAAAAGAUCAUCUUAUCCAGGGCCCCACUGAAGAGCACCUUUUGGGGAAGUGUGCUCCCAGCUAAAAUAUUAUUAUUUUUUUAUUAUUACUAUUAUUGUAUAUAAAAAUAAUCCUUUAUUCACCAUAAUCACA